AUGCAAACAGAUUUCACACUCUCUUGUCAAAAUUGUCAAAAUCAACAAAAUACCAUUCAAAUCAAACAAGGUUAUAUUGAUGUUGAUACAGGCAUAAUGAUUUACAUUCCUCUCACUCAAGAAAAAACAAUGAAACUGCCAUCAUCUAGUUCCUCUGCCAGCAUUUCAACUGUUGUCAAAAUAUUCGUUGAAUUAACUGAUACUCAUACAGGUGAAUUCAGAAUUAUGUAUUACCAUGUUACUGUGAUGCGUGUUGUUGUAACUACAAUUACACAGAUUGUUCAUCAAGUUAAUACCCAAACCAAUACAAUCAUGUCAUCCUUUGUUAAAGAUGGUGAUUCUAGUCAAAGUAUUUCACAAACAAUUAAUACCAUUGUUGCAACUACUCAAAUGUUACAAGCUUUACCUGAAUCUGAGAAGAGUUCCACUACUAUAACUAAUAUUCAAACAACUUUAUUAGAUAUUUUGGCCAAUGCAACUGAAACUACUUCAGAAGAAACAAUCUCAAAGUCAAUCUCAUCAAUGAUUGUCUUUGCUAUUCACACCAUGUUAAAGAAUGAGCACAAUAUUGGACAAGCUGUAAUUGAAAAAUCAGUGAAUGCUCUUGAAAAUAUUGUGGAACAAAAUUUCAGAAGCAAUGUUGGUGUUUCAUCUCAGACCUCUCAAACUUUCAUGUCAGUUGUUGAAAAUCUAGUCUAUGCCUCUCAAAACAUUGCAAAUCUGAAAGAUCAAUUCACAAGAGACGAAGAAAUUUCUGCACUUACUGAAAAACUUGCUCUCGCAAUUGUAACAGGAGAACCUGUAAGUGCGAGGGUUGUAGUAUUAAACAGUGGUGUUUCGAUUGUAAAGGCUGAUAAGGAAUAUUUUAAAUAUCUUUCUCAAUCAGUGAUUGGCUCACCAUCCUCAGCAAAUAGAAAAUACCAAGCAAAUAUUGUUAAUAUCACCGUGCCAGAUAUUCUAGUUAGUGAUAGUAAUCCACUUGGUUCUGCAACUUAUUCAGUUGUGGUUAAGGAAAACAUUCCAAUUAUUGUACAAAAGUUAAUUAAUCAACAGGAUGAAAAUUCCCCACUGGUCGUUGUUUCUCCAGUUAGUACAAGUUUCACUGUUCAAUCCAACACAACAGCUGUUGAUUUGGGACAAAAUAUUACAUUCCACAUUCGUGUUUCUAAAGAUGAUUAUACCAUCUUUGAUAUUUCUUCCUAUUCAUGUGUUAGAGUUCAAUCUGAUCUAGGAAAUGAUUACUCCUCUUGUUCAAUUUCUGGUUAUAAUAAUGCCUCUUCAACUAUUGAUUGUAAUUGUAUAUUCUCAGAUUUAUUCAUUUCUAAUGUGAUAGUUGUGAAAAACACUUCCCUUAGAACAUUACAAGCUUCCAAUACGACCAAUCUCACCACUCAUAUCAUUAUUAUUUCAGCAGUCAUUGGUGGAACCUGUUUAAUUUCGGUUACUUGUUUCUUCAUUGCACUAGUUGCUGUUGUUAUUUAUUGUAUUAGGGGUUGUGGAAGAAGAAAAACUAGGCCACACGAAGAGAAGGAUAAUUCCUCAGAUGGUGCAGAAAUGGUUAUUCGUAUACCUAUUGCUCAAAUGAUUUCUCUUCCCUCGCAAAGUCCAUAUCAGGAAUCAGCCAAUACAACUUCAACACAAAGUCAAGGUAGUACUACUGCACGGAUGUUGGUAUAA